GGCGGGCGGCCCGGGCUUGAUUAGGCAGGAGGCGGUGGCGCGCCGGGGGCGCCCGGAAGUAGCCGAAGCGAGCGGCGGAAGCAGCCGAAGCGGCCGGAGCGGGCGGGCGGCAAGGCGAGGCGAGAGCUGUACAGGGCCUACGCGGCCAUCUCAGCAUGUCGGACUUCGACGAGUUCGAGCGGCAGCUCAACGAGAAUAAGCAAGAGCGAGACAAGGAAAACCGGCACCGGAAGCGCAGCCACAGCCGCUCCCGAAGCCGGGACCGGAAACGCCGUAGCCGUAGCCGUGACCGGCGGAACCGGGACCAGCGGAGUGCCUCCCGGGACAGGCGGCGAAGAAGCAAACCUUUGACCAGAGGCGCUAAAGAGGAGCACGGUGGAUUGAUUCGCUCCCCUCGUCAUGAGAAAAAGAAGAAGGUCCGCAAAUACUGGGACGUGCCGCCACCUGGCUUUGAGCACAUCACCCCCAUGCAGUAUAAGGCCAUGCAAGCUGCGGGUCAGAUUCCAGCCACUGCCCUCCUCCCCACCAUGACCCCGGAUGGUCUGGCUGUGACCCCGACGCCAGUGCCUGUGGUCGGGAGCCAGAUGACCAGGCAGGCCCGGCGCCUCUACGUGGGCAACAUCCCCUUUGGCAUCACUGAGGAGGCCAUGAUGGACUUCUUCAAUGCCCAGAUGCGCCUAGGGGGGCUGACCCAGGCGCCCGGCAACCCUGUCUUGGCAGUGCAGAUCAACCAGGACAAGAAUUUUGCCUUCUUGGAGUUCCGCUCAGUGGACGAGACCACCCAGGCCAUGGCCUUCGAUGGCAUCAUCUUCCAGGGCCAGUCGCUGAAGAUCCGCAGGCCCCACGACUACCAGCCUCUUCCUGGCAUGUCGGAGAAUCCCUCCGUCUAUGUGCCUGUUCUUUCCUCUCUUCUCUCAGGAGUUGUGUCUACCGUGGUCCCAGACUCUGCCCACAAGCUUUUCAUCGGGGGCUUACCCAACUAUUUGAAUGAUGACCAGGUGAAAGAGCUGCUGACAUCAUUCGGGCCUCUCAAGGCCUUCAACCUGGUCAAGGACAGCGCCACCGGGCUCUCCAAGGGCUACGCCUUCUGUGAGUACGUGGACAUCAACGUCACAGAUCAGGUGAGCCCUGGGCCCAAGGCUAUCGCAGGGCUGAAUGGGAUGCAGCUGGGGGACAAGAAACUGCUGGUCCAGAGGGCAAGUGUGGGAGCCAAGAAUGCCACGCUGGUGAGCCCCCCGAGCACCAUAAACCAGACGCCUGUGACCCUACAAGUGCCGGGCCUGAUGAGCUCCCAGGUGCAGAUGGGUGGCCACCCGACUGAGGUCUUGUGCCUCAUGAACAUGGUCCUGCCCGAGGAGCUGCUGGACGACGAGGAGUAUGAAGAGAUUGUGGAGGAUGUGCGUGAUGAGUGCAGCAAGUAUGGGCUGGUCAAGUCCAUCGAGAUUCCCCGGCCUGUGGAUGGUGUUGAGGUGCCCGGCUGUGGAAAGAUCUUCGUGGAGUUCACCUCUGUUUUUGACUGCCAGAAAGCCAUGCAGGGGCUCACGGGUCGCAAGUUCGCCAACAGAGUGGUCGUCACAAAAUACUGUGACCCCGACUCUUACCACCGCAGGGACUUCUGGUAGAGGCGGU